CCCGCCGCGACCGCGAUGGAGCCACCCGCACCCGGUUCACAACCACCGGUCGAGGAGGAGGACCGCGUCGAAGAACCGGCCUCCAACGCCUCCUCCAAUGGGGAUGGCGCCCCGACCGCUGCUGCGCCGCCACCUCCCCCCGCGACGCCCCUCCACCUCGACCAGGCCGGAGGCGGCGCCGACGGGUCGACCUCCGCCACGGUGGUGGACCCCCGGAAGGGCAAGGAGACGCUGUUGCCCAGGGACAUUCCUCCUCCUCCGAGCCCCGCGGACUACGCCGGCGGCGGCGCCGAUGGGUCGAGCUCCGCCGCGGCGUGGGUCGAAAGGAAGGGCAGGCUGGCCGCCGUUCCCUUUCCGGCACCUUUUCCCCCAAGCUCCGCGGGCAGCAUCCCCGACUUCGGAGCCGGGGGGUCAAGCUCCUCGGCGGGGAGGAGGAUGGUGGUGCCGAGGGAUGCGACGGGGUCGUUCGACUACAUGCAGGUGGUACGAGAGGGGCAGUCGGUUGUCAUCGAGGAGGGCGAGGAGGAGCAGGUGGAAUCGCCUCACGCCAAACACGCGCUCCCGGGAAAGGAAAAGGAGAAACUACGACAAGUCAAGGUGAGACCCAGGCCUGAAAAGGGGAAAUCACCCUGGAGUUGGCUCAAGAACAAGAUUUUUUGUAGAGAAGGAAGGCAAAUAUGUUCGGAACAUGUCCAGCACCAGACACAACCCAUCUCUGAAGUAAGGAAUCGUUAUAUGGUUUCUUCUAAUGGGAUGAACAGUCUUGAUGGCUAUUCAGAAUUUAGACCGGUGAUUGGAGAUGGGGAGUGUUUCUACAGGAGCUUCAUAUUUUCCUACCUAGAGCAAGUUAUUGAUAGGCCGGACACAGAUGAGGAACGCCGUCUCCUUGAUGUUGUUGAAACAGCGUCUGCACGACAUGCAGAUCUUCGAUGGAACUCUAAGUUUCCCAGGACCAGCAGAGCAUUUAAGAAGCUGCUUGAGAAAGUAAAGAGAUGGAAGAACACGGAAUCAACUAGCAGUUUCCGUAAAGAGGAACUUCUCAAGUUCUUCACCACAUAUGAUAAGACGCAAGACAUUUUUGCUUUCCUCAGAUUACUAGUAGCUAUCCAGAUAUGCUCGCACAGUGCGGAGUAUGUACCGCAUAUACCAAAUGUCGCCAGUGGAGUUUACAGUCUAAAAGUUUGGUGCUUUCUGUACGUCACUCCAGCUCGUGUGGAAUCGGAAGGUCUUAUGAUGAGGGCCUUGGCCAGCGCGCUUGACGUAACCCUCAUAGUGGAAACAUUCCAAGGAGGAUAUGCUCGAGAUAUAUACACUGGUCCUGGAGUUCCCCGUCCGGCUGUGACCCUGCUGUACAAUGGUAAUCACUACGACAUCAUCUACCCACACGCUCCUCCUUCCGAGAGUUCAAGUCAUCAGGCUUCCUAGAUAGAACAUCCUGGUGAUCAGAGUUCAAUUCAACAGACUUCCUAGAGAGAACAUCCUGCUGAUCAGAAUUCAAGUCAACAGAUUCCUCCGGAUUAAAGUUGUGUUGGGAUGCUGCCGUUGAAUGAGAGUGUUGCUGAGUUUAGUUGUAGAGUAGAUCCACUGAUGAAGUUGGGGUAGGCAUAGCAUAUACUUGUGCAUUCUUCUUCUGUUGGCUGGUAUACGAGUGAAUGUUCUGUGAUCACAUUCGAACUUCUUAAUUGUGUUUUUGAAAUUUGAACAUGGGCAUGAUAUCAGCUGGUCCUUUCUGUAUGUUCUGGAAGACACAAAUAUUGCUCUUGUUUGGACA